CUUACAGUUUGACCUGGACCAUUGCAACGUGUUGUUAUUCUAAGCAACCAGGGGCAACCCCACGCUGCAUCAGGCUGCAUCUCAGGCUCGCAAUGCGUAUACAGGCGAUUCUUGGCCUCCUUUCGUCCACGCCUUUCGUCCAGGAAUACUUCAAUAUCAAUUACAAUGUCUUGAACCAUCUUGGCAGCAUUUCUCCGUAUCAUCGUGCUCGCCAUUACGAUGCCUCAGAAAUCGAUCCAGAACUACCUAUCGACUGUACCGUUGACCAAGUAAUGCUUAUGCACCGACAUGGCUCUCGUGGUCCCAUUGGCGAGCACAGAUACAUAGAGCGGUUGGUUCAGACACUCUAUGACGCAACGGAUGUUAUCCAGGAAGCAGAACUGCCUCGCGAGCUUGAAUUUCUGAGAGCAGGGUAUAAUUCCAGCCUGACACCGCAUAAUCUCACUAUACUUGGGCGCAAGGAACUCUUUGAUCAUGGCGUUGAAUUUGCAUUGAAGUAUCCACACCUGACAACCGACGUCAUCCUAUCUAGCGAUUCAGGUCGAGUGGUCGAGUCUGCACGUUGGUUUGCGCUGGGUCUCUUUGGACUUGAUCCGGAUGUUCGCAUUGUAACUGUCAGUGACACAGAUGAUCCUGUUUCUUGGAUCACUCCUGCACCAGGACCAGCUUGUCCGAAGUUUGACUACAGUUUUGGAAGGCAGGCGACGUUGACGUGGAGUAAACUCUACAUGCCUGUAAUCACUGAGCGCCUAAACACGCUUUUACCUGGAGUUGGGUUCACUGAAGACGAUACUCAUGGGGCUUUGUUUGCCUGUGCCUAUGACUUGGCUACCCAUGGUGUUUCUCCGUGGUGUGGCGUUUUUCGACCCGACGAAUUGGCCAAUUUCGAAUACGAAAGGGACAUCUUAAUGGACGCUUCGUGCGCAUACACCUUCAAAAAUUCUAAGGGAGACAGCCGCCCAUUAUAUCUUGAAUUCGGGCAUGAUGUCACAAUUUUGUUCGCUCUAUCUGCCUUGGGUCUAGCAGAGGAUGAUCCACCCCUGUCCCCCAAUGAGCUGCGUCCCGGCCGGAAGUUUAGGACAUCUGAACUUACACCUUUCGCCGCCAAUAUGGUUUGGGAAAAAUUCACAUGCACAAGCUCAUACGAUGGACCUCAGAUUCGCCUUAUCCUAAACGAUGCUACCUUGCCAUUGACUAUUUGCGGUCAAGGCAUGGAUCCUAUACUUGGGACAUGCUCCCUCGAUACUUUCGUCAAUGCGAACCAUUACAGCACAAGCAUUCGGUUCCGGGAUAAAACCUGGAACGCGACUUGUGGUGUUUGAAUCGACGAAAAUAAUCGAGGGAUUUCUUGCCGUUAUACUAGGUAUUUCAGUCCUGCGGAGGCCGUAAUUUAAAUCCGCCAUAAGACUGUGUCCGAAAAUUCUCGGUUCUAAAGUCCAAGCAAUCGCCAUUCAAGAAGGAUUCUGCGACACAUUAAACGACCCCAAUCAUCAUCAUGAUAGCCAUAUUUUGUAGUAUCUACUUAUUCCUCCGUCCCCCUACUCGAUAUCGUCUAGACACGGUUGGAGCUAAUGCAACACAAGAUUUGACUAACGACGUGUAUGUCCUAGAUCUGUUACAUAAGCACGCGUUGGAGAAUGCACAAAAUUCUACUAGUCCC